AUGGACUAAGAAGUAUUAGAAGCAAGAAGAAAGUUAUAAGAAAAAAUUGGUGAUUCUAGAACAGGAGGUAAAGGUACUUAACGUAGAAAAGUAAAAAAAGUCCAAAAGACAGCAAUUACAGAUGAUAAGAAAUUAAAAACAGUAAUAAAAAAAUUCGGAGUAUAACCUUUCUAAGGCAUAGAUGAAGUAAAUAUGUUCAGAGAUGAUAAAACUAUUAUGCAUUUUGAUAGACCUGAAGUACUUGCUUCUUUAUAAAGCAAUACUUUUGUUGUGAUCGGAAAAAGUGAAACAAAAAGUAAAUUUUUUAUUUAUUUAAUUUUUUUUUAAUAUUUUUUUAUUUUAUUUUUAGCUGUCAAAGAACUUUUACCAGACAUUCUUUAACAUUUAGGACCUAAUUAACUUAAGGACUUAAAGGAUAUUCUUGAAUCUACUUUAGAUAAGAACUAAAAAGCUGGUGGUGAAGAAGAUGAUAUUCCGUAAUUAUAAGAAAACUUUGAAGAAGCAUCAUAGAAAGUCGAUUGA